CCAAACAAAUUCUGUUUUAGACCAAAAACAUAAUAAAUCUAAAAAUCUCUAAUCAAAUCCCAAGUCUCUGAAUCUAUUCAGUGUUUUUGUUUUUCUUCUAUAUUUUUGUGGUACUAAGCUGCUGUAAUCUUCUGAGCUUUUAUAUUAUUGGUAUAAUGGAGAACUGGUUGGGUCUUCUUAGAAUUCACAUCCAGAGGGGAGUGAAUCUUGCUAUCAGAGACGCCCGAAGCAGUGACCCUUAUAUAGUUGUAAAAAUGGGAAAGCAGAAGUUGAAGACUCGUGUGGUGUCUCAUAAUGUAAAUCCAGAAUGGAAUGAUCUUCUAACUCUCACAGUUUCAGAUCUAAAUACUCCAGUUAAGCUGUUUGCAUAUGACAAGGACACCUUCAGCUUUGAUGACAGCAUGGGCGAUGCAGAGUUUGAGAUAAGCCCAUAUUUGAAGGCCUUGAAGAUGGGCUUAAAGGACCUCCCAAAUGGAAUCAUAAUCUCAAAAGUCCAGCCCAACAGGCAGAACUGCUUAGCUGAAGAGAGUAGAAUAUACUUUUCCAAUGGCAAAGUUGUGCAGGACAUGGUUCUGAGACUGAGAAAUGUGGAAUGUGGUGAAAUUGAACUUCAGUUGCAGUGGAUUGAUGUUCCAAAUUCAAAGGGCUUGUAGGAUAAUUCCAUGUGUGGGCAUGUCCUGAAACUUAAUUCGUUAAUUUUUUUUUUUGUCUAUAAAUGUGUCAAAGCUAGAGUACAUAUGAUAAGCAGUAUCCUACAUUUUAAAUGGGAUGUGAAAAAACAUAGCUUAAUUGCUUUCUAUUCAUUUUCCCCUGUAAAGUAUUAAUUCAAUUCAUUCUUUAUAAACUAAAAGGAUUGUAUAGUUAUUUUUAUAACUUUUUACAGAUUCUCUAGAAUUCACAAAGUAUUGUCAAGUGGAUAAAUUGCUUUAA